CGCUCCGCCCUCAGACGGUGGCGCGCGCUCCUGCGGUCACGAAAAAGAAGUAAAGUGCGCGCGUCCCCGCAGCGCUCAUUUAGCGAGUUGAACAAUCACAAAAAAAACUCCUGGGAAUUCACCAAAAACGUCUUUUCGGGGGAAGCCUCCACCGAGAAACUGUCACGACGUUUUCGGACAACAUGGCGGUGUCUUGGACUUGGACGCUUAAAAGUGGGUUCCGGUGGUGAAAUUUCUUCUUUUUUUUUCUGUCAGGAAGUUGGAUUUAAGUCGCUUGGAAAUUAUUUUGUGCUUUGUUUUGUUUGGGGGGGGAAACACAUUUUCGUCAUACUUUAUCGUUCUGCUGCCGUUGAAAGACAACGUUUGGCUGCCAAAUGAACUCCAGGCGAAGUUUUCCGAAGUUUAACGAAGUUUGCUGCUCCUCGGCGCCUUAAGUAAGCUCUUGUUUUGGUUCGCACUCCUCACAGGCCUGAAUUAUGGAUGAAACCAAAGCCAAUGAGUGAUCCAGAUGUUUGCCCAGAACAUAUUCAUCACGUUCUCCAAAAAAUGCGACGUUCAGGACCACCUCUUUAAGGAGCAUUUCCGGUUUAAACCCCCCACGUGACGCUGUUUGUUUUUAACCUGGGAACUGUCGGCGCGCGCGCAGACGCUCACCUGUGCGUGGCCAGACCCACCUGUGCACGCCAUGGCCCGACAUGGCGCGACCCUCUGAGGAGGAUGAAGAUGAUGAUGAUGAGGAUACACGUCAUCGCAGGUCAGGGAGGACACACGUGACACAGUUGGCCUGGCAGCGCUUCUGAAGAUUGGUUUGAGGACCACGCAAGCAUCGCAGCAAUGAAUGAACGACAGGCUCUCCACUCCAUCAUGAAGGACCUCGUCGCCCUGCAGAUGACGCGGCGCCAGCCCGUCCUGCCAUACGACGGCGCCAAACUGAAGACGCCAACUCAGGCUAACAGACAGGAGGACGUCAGGAUGAAGUUUGAGUUCUCGGGCGAGAGGAGGAUCCUGAUGUUUGGACGGCCUGUGCAGUUUGACGACGUCCAGCACAAAAUCCAGGCUGUGUUUGGCCAACAGCUGGACCUUCAUUACAUGAGCAAUGAGUUGUCCAUCCCCCUGAGAGGUCAGGACGACCUCGACAAGGCCGUCGACCUGUUGGAUCGAAGCUCCAACAUGAAGAGCAUCAGAAUCCUGCUGCUCGCUCAGGAGCACAACAAUGCGUCGUCCCCGUCUCACCACGUGCCGUGCAAGCAGGUGAGGAUCAAGGCCUCCCAGUCCACCGGCGACGUCAGCACGGUGUACCAGCCCUCUGAGCCAAGGGGGCGCCAUCUUUCCACGGGUUCUCAGAACACGGGGCGUAGCUCUCCGCCUCCCGGUUACGUGCCGGAACGCCAGCAGAGGAUCGCGCGCCAAGGUUCAUACACCAGCAUCAACAGCGAGGGCGAGUUCAUCCCGGAGACCAGCGACCAGUGUGUGCUGGAUCCUUGGAGCAGUGCAGAGAAUUCCAUGUCUGGAAGCUGUCAGUCCCUGGACAGCAACUCAGACAGCCCCGCCCUCAGGAAGUCUCGCAUGCACCGAGCCAAGAGUUACCCUGACAACCGACAGGAGUUCUCGGACCGGGAGAAUCACGUCUAUGACCGCGUGGUGGGAAAGGGAGGCACGUACCCUCGCCGCUACCACGUCUCGCUGCACCACAAGGACCACAGUGAAGGUCGCCGCACGUUUCCGAGGAUCCGACGCCCCCAGGGGAACCUUUUUACUCUGGUGCCUUCACGACGCUCGCUGAACGGCAGCGAGGAGAGCAUCGGCAGCUGGCAGCUCGUGGACACGCAGGGAAGACUCCGCCCACAGGAGCGUUCUGUCGCGCAUAAAUCGCCGAGCGCUCCAGUGACAUGGCGGCGGGGGAAGCUUCUAGGCCAAGGCGCUUUCGGGCAGGUGUACCUGUGCUACGAUGUGGACACUGGGAGGGAACUGGCCGCCAAACAAGUCCAGUUUGAUCCCGACAGUCCUGAGACCAGCAAGGAGGUGAGCGCCUUAGAGUGUGAGAUCCAGCUGCUAAAGAACCUUCAUCACGAGCGCAUCGUGCAGUACUACGGCUGCCUGAGGGACCACAACGAGAGGACCCUCACCAUCUUCAUGGAGUACAUGCCAGGGGGCUCAGUCAAAGACCAGCUGAAGGCUUACGGGGCCCUGACGGAAAACGUGACCCGGAAGUACACCAGGCAGAUCCUGGAAGGGGUGUCCUACCUGCACAGCAACAUGAUCGUGCACAGAGACAUUAAAGGCGCCAACAUCCUGCGGGAUUCGGAGGGCAACGUCAAGCUGGGAGAUUUCGGGGCCAGCAAGCGGCUGCAGACCAUCUGCAUGUCGGGCACCGGCAUCCGCUCUGUGACCGGCACCCCCUACUGGAUGAGCCCGGAAGUGAUCAGCGGAGAGGGCUACGGCAGAAAGGCCGAUGUCUGGAGUCUGGGCUGCACGGUGGUGGAGAUGCUGACCGAGAAGCCCCCCUGGGCAGAAUACGAGGCCAUGGCGGCCAUCUUUAAGAUCGCCACGCAGCCCACCAACCCGCUGCUGCCCUUGCACGCGUCCGACCAGGCGCGGGACUUCAUCCGCCGCGUCUUCGUGGAGGCCAAGCAGCGGCCGAGCGCCGAGGAGCUGCUCCGCCAUCCCUUCUCCCAGACCGUGUGCUGAACUUUGACCCCCUUCUGACGUAGCGCCCUGUAGCUUCUUCCGCGCCGUGGAAGUCCCCCAUUUGCUCGAAUCCAAAUAGCUGGUUGUUGUGAAGCUGCUGCACCACUCGUGUCUGUGUGGACGUUAUAGCGUGUUUGCGCGUUCGCUGAUCAGGGUUGUGUUCCUCUCGGCUAUCUCUUUGUUAAAUACUUCUGUUCACGCAAUGUUGGAGAUAAGUGAUGACGAGUUUUCCUUUAAGAUGAGAACCACACACCUUCUUGCUCGGAGUCUAAAAAGCAGACGUGAGUUGUUAACAGGGGGUUUGGAAAAUGUGUCUAUGCGUGAAAGGGUUAAGUGCUUUUGAUCAGUUCCAAUUGUGGAUUGUUGGCUUGGAGAAGGUGUAAUACUGAGAGUGUCCAGUAGGUUGUAGUCAUGAGUCGUUGGUCCAGGGAGGAAACGCAAGUAAGCUGGCAGACGUUGCAACGUGCGACCUCACCACGAGAGGUCGCACAUUCCUGUCUGCUAAAUUGCUCAUCACAACAGGAUUGUUUCUAACUUUUAUUUUCCAUGUUCACUCUCAGCAGGGGGCUUUUCGCUCAACCAGGGGUGUCCAAAGUGCGGCCCUGGGGGGCACAUUCUAAAAAUAUAAUUCAACAAGAAAACAGCAGUAAAAAAAAAUUGGAAAAAAAGUGUCAUGAAAGGUUGAUAUGAAUAAAAUUAAUGAUAGUAUUAAUAAUCUGAUUUGUUACCGUUAACAAAGCUGAGAUUUGUAUGAACAUUUUAUAUAGGGAUGUCAGGAUAUGAAAAAAAAGUAUUUUUACACACAUUGAAAUCUUGUAACCAAGCAUUAUUAAAAUGAAAAAAAUAGACGGGCAGUACAUACAGUAUCGUCAUAUUUACCAAGAAAGCAUAGCUUGUAGGUUCAAUGUGCACAAUCAAAUAUCUUAGUUUCUCAGUAAUGUUUAGAUGUGGUAUGUCGUUUCUUAAUGGGGAACGUCGUUAAUGUGUCUCGUAUUCAUAUUAGCACUUAGGCUAGCUUGCGAUUAGCGGGGCGAGUUAUCAGCUAGCGAUUAGUGCGUUAGUUUGUGAUUAGAGACGCUAGCUGCUUGCUCGCGAUCAACGUGCUUGCUGCUAGUUGGCAAAGAACGUUUGGUGUGCGCGAUAAAAACCCAAUUCACAUCUGAAUCGUGAUUUUUAUUCAUCCCAAUUCGAAUUUGAUUCAUUAUUUUCAAAAAUCGAUUUAAAAAAUAUAUGUAUACAUAUGUGUGUGUGUGUGUGUGUGUGUAUACAUACACUACCGUUCAAAAGUUUGGGGUCACAUUGAAAUGUCCUUAUUUUUGAAGGAAAAGCACUGUACUUUUCAAUGAAGAUAACUUUAAACUAGUCUUAACUUUAAAGAAAUACACUCUAUACAUUGCUAAUGUGGUAAAUGACUAUUCUAGCUGCAAAUGUCUGGUUUUUGGUGCAAUAUCUACGUAGGUGUAUAGAGGCCCAUUUCCAGCAACUAUCACUCCGGUGUUCUAAUGGUACAAUGUGUUUGCUCAUUGGCUCAGAAGGCUAAUUGAUGAUUAGAAAAGCCGUGUGCAAUCAUGUUCACACAUCUGAAAACAGUUUAGCUCGUUACAGAAGCUACAAAACUGACCUUCCUUUGAGCAGAUUGAGUUUCUGGAGCAUCACAUUUGUGGGGUCAAUUAAACGCUCAAAAUGGCCAAAAAAAGAGAACUUUCAUCUGAAACUCGACAGUCUAUUCUUGUUCUUAGAAAUGAAGGCUAUUCCACAAAAUUGUUUGGGUGACCCCAAACUUUUGAACGGUAGUGUAUAUAUACAUAUAUAUAUAUUUAUGUAUGUAUGUAUAUAUAUGUAUGUAUGUAUAUAUAUGUAUGUAUGUAUAUAUAUGUA